UUCACACCUCAGCCAGGCUACAGUGGCUGGGACUGGUUUGGGAAGGCAGGGCCUCAGGGAAUGAGGGCUCCAAGCUGGCAGCCACAGUGUCCCACUGCACACAGGACAUAUGAGAGCAUCUCAGGCGAGAGCCUCUGCUGACAGCUGUGCCAGGACCCUGCCCUUGCCCCAACACCAUGAAGCUACAGGUGUUCUGGACUGGGCUGGAAUAUACCUGCCGGCUCCUGGGCAUCUCCACUGCAGCAGGUAACUUCCGAGUCUGCAGACAGGAGGAGAAGAUGAAGGAAGAUUGUCCACACAGUUCUCAAGUGCCUGUCAAUGACAACAAAUCCAUUCUAAAGUCAGAGCUCUUAACCCUGCUGAAAACCUACAACUGCUACCAUGAGGGCAGAAGCUUUCAGCUGAGACACCGAGAGGCAGAAGGGGCUCUGAUCAUCGAGGGGCUCCUCAACAUUGCCUGGGGACUGAGGCGGCCCAUCCGGCUUCAGAUACAAGAUGAUAGGGAGCCAGUGCACCUCUUCUCAGUGUCAUUGGUACCUGGACAGUCCAGCUACCACCUAAAGGAGUCACCUCUUAAGGAUGGCAGUGUCUCUGCCCAGAGGCCAAGCAUUCAGCCCUCAGAGCAUAGGGCUGAGAGUUCCAGAGACAGCUCAGAGCCCCUGGAGGAGGACAAGGAGGUCCCACAGCUUAUGCAUACCAAAAGUGAUGCAGGCUGUGUGAUCCAGAGGAGGCCCAGGUGCUGCACACCCACUGAGACCCAGAGGAUCCAGCAACACCAGUUCUCUAUCAAUGGACACUUUUACAACCACAAGACCUCCGUAUUUACUCCUGCAUAUGGGCCCAUGACCAACGUGAGGGUCAAUAGCACCAUGACUACCCUGAAGGUGCUCACCCUGCUGCUGAACAAGUUCCGAGUGGAAAAUAGCCCUAGUGAGUUUGCCCUCUACAUCAUUCAUGAGUCUGGGGAGCAGACAAAAUUAAAAGACUGUGAGUACCCACUGAUUUCCAGAAUCCUGCAUGGGCCAUGUGAGAAAAUUGCCAGGAUAUUUCUGAUGGAAGCUGACUUGGGCGAGGAAGUUCCCCAUGAUAUUGCUCAGUACAUUAAGUUUGAAAUGCCGGUGCUGGACAGUUUUGUUGAAAAAUUAAAGGCGCAAAGAGAAAUAAUCAAACUGACCAUGAAGUUCCAAGCCCUGCGUCUCACGAUGCUGCAGCGCCUGGAGCAGCUGGUAGUGACCAAGUAG